UUAACUAUGCUGGCAAUCUUUUUAGUAACAUUUUAACGUUCUGCAAGUGUAGAAAUGAGUUAACCACUGAGUUAAGCGUAAAAAGACGCCCAACAUGAAAACAAUAAAACACUUUAAUGUAUGUUAACUUUAAUGAUGCUAUGACAAAGGUGUCCCUCACUUGUGCAAUACUAUAUUUUUUUUUAAUAAAUAUUAUUUUUAUACAGUAUAAUAUAUAUUAAUUAUAAUUAUUUUAUUGAUAACAAAUAAUAGUAAUAAAUGAAUUAAGUCAAAGUUUAAUUAAAACUUAAUACAAAUUAAUGAAAUAAUGAAAUUUAAUUUUAGAAAUUUAAUUUUAGAAAUGAACUAUCAACAUCAGUGAUGGAUGACAAAAUGAUGAGUCCCACUGCAGAGACGCCUCUCAUGCAUGUCACUUUUUUAAAUUCUUGACUCUAACCAGUGUAAACAGUGCAUUGUAAAAACAACAAAACACUCCAUUUCAACUGGUGCGUCGACGUUGUUCGUCUUAUGAUACCGUUUGUUGGGGCUGCCACCUGUUUUGAACAGUCAAAUAUGACAAAAAGCCUCAAAAAUAAGCACUUUUUUUUCUUUACUUGCUGAUUUGAGAGGUGCACUUAUUACAAUUUUGUCCAUAAGUCUGGUCCAGCUGAUGGGAAUCAGUGUGACACAAAAAGCCAAAGGAAAAAGCAAAAAAUAUAGCCGUUAAUAGUAACAGCAUUAUAAUGACAUAUGUGCUUCUUUACAUUGUUUAAUGCCUUGCAUGUUUUCACUAUCUUGCAUGAUGCCAUCCAUGAUGCAGAUCAUACAUAAUUGGCGAAAAGAGCCGCAUGUGACUUCAGAGGUGUAUUUUACUUAUGUGUAUGUAUAUUUAUUAAAUUCAGCAUUGCAUGACUCCUGAAGUGACAUUCUGCUGUCAAAGGUCAAAUAACUAUGUUACUUGUCAGGCAUUGACCAAAUCUCAUACAGUAUUCACAUACAUUGGUGUGGAAAAAGUGUUUGCACCCUUCCUGAUUUCUUAUUGUUUUGCGUGUUUGUCACACUUAAAUGUUUCAGGUCAUCAAACAAAAAAAAAACAAAAAUUCAAACCUACAUGGCCAAGUAUGAAAAAGUGAUUGCCCCCGGCCCCCACUGGGGCCAGCCAACCAAAAUUACCUCAAGAGCACAGCAAUGACUCAUCCAAGCAGGUCACAAAAGACCCCACAACAACAUCCAAACAACUGCAGGCCUCACUUGCCUCAGUUAAGGUCCGUGUUCAUGACUCCACCAUAAGAGAGACACUUGGCUAAAACGGCCUGCAUGGCAGAGUUCCAAGACGAAAACCACUGCUGAACAAAAUCUCAAUUUUGCGAGAAAACAUCUCAAUGAUCCCCAAGACCUUUGGGAAAAUACUCUGUGGUCUGAUGAGACAAAAGGUGGACUUUUUGGAAGAUGUGUGUCCCAUGUGGCGUAACAGCGCAUUUCAGAAAGAGCAUCAUACCAACAGUAAAAUGUGGUGGUGGUAGUGUGCUGCUUCAGGACCUGGAAGAUUUGCUGUGAUAAAUAGAACCGUGAAUUCUGCUGUCUGCCAAAAAAUUCUGAAAGAGAAUAUCCGGCCAUCUGUUUGUGACGGCAUGACCUUAAAAAGGCGCUUCAUGCUGGAAAACCCUCCAAUGUGGCUGUGACAAACAUGCAAAACAAUAAGAAAUCAAACACUUUUUUACACCACUAUCGGACAAUUAUAGUCCACAAAUAUUAUGCUAUGCUAUGUUAUGUUAUGCUAUCUACCGCUAUGCUAUGUCAUGUUGUUAUAGCAAGUUAUGUUCUGUGAUGUUAUGCUAUGUUUUGCUACUGUAGAUUAGAAAAUAUGUUAUUGUAAAAACCAUGAUAUUUUCAUUAUUAGAUGAGCUUUUUUGUUUAUGCAAAUGCAACAAACCCACUGAAGCGUGAAUCCUGACGGUGAACAACAAGACAACGUUGUGUCACUACACUGCACACAGCCACAAGUGAUCAUUUCACGUAAAGGACCGUUUGAUCUUUUUGAGGAUAUUUUAAUACACAACAUGGCAACGAUUCAUGUUUUUAUCAUCUGCAGCAUGGCUGUGGUCUUUGCCAGUGGGGAGGUGACCUUGGAGGCGGACAGGCCUUGGCUGAGGGUCAAGCUCUUUCACACGGCCGUCCUAGAGUGCUGCUACAGGUCCGACAAGGACUCCGUCCAAACCACCUGGCUGAGGCACGACGGCACCACGGGCCCGCAUCCGGUGAACGUGUCAGACCUGGUGACCGUGGGGAACAAAAUCCACUCCAGCGUGACCUGCGGCACCCUGAAACUGGCCUCGGCCCGGCUCAGCGACAGCGGGCUGUACCGCUGUUGGCUCAAUGGCGCUGACGUCUUAACGCACGGCACCUACCUCCAGGUCUAUGAGCCGCUGGAGAAGACAAUUAACCUUAGCGAAAAGACCAAAAACGACAUCCUGAUCGCAGAGGGACUGUUGCUCUUUCUGUGCAUCCUGGUGCCUUCAGUCACACUCCUCCUCAAGCACAUCUUACCUACACUGGGACUGCGUUCAGCAUGUUUUAAAUGAAGAAUCUCAACGUGACUUCUCCUUAUGUCAGUCAAAGAAACUCCAUGCGCUGCAGAAGACAACGGCAAAGAGAGAAGUGGAGAACAUCUAUCAGGUGGGGAUUUUUUGAUACAAUACGGAAUGCACGUGCAGAAUACGACUUUUGUGCAGAAGCCAACAUCAGGUGGAAAAUAAUUUGUAAGAAACCACAACGAGUCAUACCUCAAGUCAAAGGUCGUGAUGAGGGCUGCCCGCAUUUGUAAUCGUCGUGUCGAUACGACAUUACGGAUUAGCUCAUUAAACUUCUAUCUAAAGUUCGAAACACAGUAUCUGCUUUUGUCUUGGUCUACAGCAGGGGUGUCCAAAGUGCGGCCCGCAGCUGUGAUUUUAUCGGCCCGCAGCACAGUCUAAAAAUGUAAUUUAACAAGGAAACUAAUAAAAAAAAAAAAAACAGCAGCAAAAAUGGGAAAAUCAAUCAAAAGUCAAAAUAUUAAAAGAAGAGUUGGAAUCUAGCAAGGAAAAAAAAAACAUAAUUUCACAAGAAUAAAGUAAUAGUAUGAGGAAAAAUGUCA